AGAGCAGUCCAGGCAAUGAUGGCGGCGGCUGUGGCGACCGCUGCGGCGUCCUCCCCGGCUCCCGCUGCCGGCGCGGAAGGCGCCUCUUCGGUGCACUGGUUCCGCAAGGGGCUGCGGCUCCACGACAACCCGGCGCUGCUGGCGGCGGUUCGCGGGGCGCACUGCGUGCGCUGUGUUUACAUCCUCGACCCUUGGUUCGCGGCCUCCUCUUCAGUCGGGAUCAACCGGUGGAGGUUCCUACUUCAGUCUCUGGAAGAUUUGGACACCAGUUUAAGGAAACUGAACUCCCGCCUUUUUGUAGUCCGGGGCCAGCCGGCUGACGUGUUCCCAAGGCUAUUCAAGGAAUGGGGGGUGACCCGCUUGACCUUUGAAUAUGACUCUGAACCCUUUGGGAAAGAACGGGACGCAGCCAUCAUGAAGAUGGCCAAGGAGGCGGGCGUGGAGGUGGUGACUGAGAACUCGCAUACUCUCUAUGACCUGGACAAGUAAGAGAGGGGUCCCAGGGUCAGGCUGCCAGUGAUGGGAGCUGAUGAUUUGGGUUUCUGUUGGGCAGAACUCAGGAAGGUUCGGCAGUAGGGCCCCCUGGCACAUGGGAUUUUCUAGCAGCUAGAUGAGAAUAGGGCAGAGUUGGGGCCUGCAGAACAGUUCAGAGAGCUUACGUGAUUUGGGUGCAGAGAUGCUUAUUAGGCCCAAGGGAUGGACGCGUGAGGCUCCCCACUCCGGAUCUUCAUAGAUCUGCUUCUAAUACGCUCCAGUCUCAUCCACUCCACUUACGUGUCCGUCCUGCUGCCCUCUGACCUCAAUGGGCUCUGUCUGUCGCCCCUCCCAUCAGCUCUCUGUUCUCCUAGGCCCAGUUUCUGUUCCUGAGAUGCCUUCCCUGGGCUCCGGGCUAUCUGGGUUUCCAGGCCAUGCACUUAGAUGCUGCUCAGGAGGCUGUGGAUCCCUGUCGGGAGCUGCUAACUACACAGAAUAGCCUCCUCCCCCUGGGAGAGGCCUCUGUGCUUUCAGAGAGGCCAGGAGGAAACCCCCUCCUCCCCUUCCCCCUCAGAGCUGUCACCCUCCUGCUGCUGCGGCUGCGGCUGCCUCUGCCGCAGCCAAGCCACCACUGCUCCCUCUCCCACCCCCCGAACCCAGUGUUGGCUGCCAAGAGGCCAGGUCACACAGCUCUGCACGUGAGCUGGGCUCUGGGGAGGCACUGGGUGUGGAGCUCCACCUCCUGCCACGUGCAGAAGCGGGGAGGUACCGCAGGGCAGCAGCCAGCCUUACUUACAUCACUGCUAAAUGAGAGGAGGAGAGAGGAACUGAGAAAUGAACUCUCCUGGCAAGCCAGGUCUUGCAUAAGCUGCUUCUUGGCCAACAAGAGCCCUGGGAGUCUGGCUCUAGCCCACCCCAAUUCAUCCUUGUAAAAACAGCCUCAGUUCUCCUCUUCAGUCUCCUGUAUCUUUUCUUCUCACCUGAGUACAGCUGUUUCCCUUGCUCAUGAAAAAAUACUUGGUAAACUGCAACCGCCCCCCCUUAAGUUUUAGAUCUUGCUGUUAACUCCAGCCCUGGCCUCUGAUGAGGGAGGAUGGUCUGUUCUCCACCUCUCUGUUCUAGUGGAUGGGCCCCCAAGGGAAUGAUUCUCUACCCACGGAACACAUGUGCGGCUCUUACCGAAGAACUUCCUUGAGGCUUAGGUUGUGGUGGAGAGGAGGGUCCAUGGGGAGUCCCAUGGCCUGGGCCCACAGUGGGGACCUUCUGGGAUUAGAGAGAUACGGUCAGUCUCUGUCUUUAGGCAGCUCCACAUCGGCACCAGGGAACCUGGAACUGAGCCCCAGCUUUGGCCCUGACUUGCUCCAUUACCCGAGGAUCAUUGAGCUGAAUGGGCAGAAGCCACCCCUUACCUACAAGCGCUUUCAGGCCCUCAUCAGCCGCAUGGAGCUGCCCAAGAAGCCCGUGGGCUCCGUGACCAGCCAGCAGAUGGAGAGCUGCAGGGCCGAGAUCCAGGAGAACCACGAUGAAACCUACGGCGUGCCCUCCCUGGAGGAGCUGGGGUUCCCCACUGAAGGACUCGGCCCGGCUGUUUGGCAAGGAGGAGAGACAGAAGCUCUGGCCCGCCUGGAUAAGCACCUGGAACGGAAGGCCUGGGUUGCCAACUAUGAGAGGCCCCGGAUGAAUGCCAACUCCCUGCUGGCCAGCCCCACUGGCCUCAGCCCCUACCUGCGCUUCGGCUGCCUCUCCUGCCGCCUCUUCUACUACCGCCUGUGGGACCUGUACAAAAAGGUGAAGCGGAACAGCACCCCCCCGCUCUCCCUGUUUGGGCAACUCCUGUGGCGAGAGUUCUUCUACACGGCAGCCACCAACAACCCCAGGUUUGACCGCAUGGAGGGGAACCCCAUCUGCAUCCAGAUCCCCUGGGAUCGCAACCCCGAGGCGCUGGCCAAGUGGGCCGAGGGCAAGACAGGCUUCCCUUGGAUUGACGCCAUCAUGACCCAGCUGAGGCAGGAGGGCUGGAUCCACCACCUGGCCCGGCACGCCGUGGCCUGCUUCCUCACGCGCGGGGACCUCUGGGUCAGCUGGGAGAGCGGGGUCCGGGUGUUUGAUGAGCUGCUCCUGGAUGCGGAUUUCAGCGUGAAUGCGGGCAGCUGGAUGUGGCUGUCCUGCAGUGCUUUCUUCCAACAGUUCUUCCACUGCUACUGCCCAGUGGGCUUUGGCCGCCGCACAGACCCCAGUGGAGACUACAUUCGGCGAUACCUGCCCAAAUUGAAAGGGUUCCCCUCUCGAUACAUCUAUGAACCCUGGAAUGCUCCAGAGUCAGUGCAGAAGGCAGCCAAGUGCAUCAUUGGUGUGGACUACCCACGGCCCAUCGUCAACCACGCUGAGACCAGCCGGCUCAACAUUGAGCGGAUGAAGCAGAUUUACCAACAGCUCUCCCGCUACCGGGGACUCUGUCUGCUGGCGUCGGUCCCUUCCUGUGUGGAAGACCUCAGCAACCCAGUGGCAGAGCCCAGCUCAAGCCAGGCUGGGAGCGUGAGCGCUGCAGGCCCAAGACCACUGCCCAGUGGCCCAGCAUCCCCCAAACGCAAGCUGGAAGCGGCCGAGGAGCCACCUGGAGAAGAACUCAGCAAGCGGGCCAGGGUGGCAGAGCUGCCCCCUACAGAGCUGCCUGGCAGGGAUGUCUGAGACUGCAGUGCCGUGGCUCCGUGAGCAAAGCCUGGGUGCCCGAGCAGCCACCGUGGCAGCAGCGUGCAACCUGCAGAACAGCCGAUCACCUGCAGAGAUGGAGCGAACAUGUGUGCGUGUGUGUGCGCGUGUGCAGAGGAAGGAGUGGCCUGCCUGUUUGCGUGUGCAUGCAUCUGUUUUCACUCUUGUGAUUCUGAACUGCUGACUGGGCUGGAGGAGAACCUGUAGCAGCUUCACCUCAGCCUCCGGACACCAGGCUAGAGGUCACGGCAGUGACCUUCACCCCAGACCUGUCCCUGUGAGCCAGCUGCCUUGUCUGAAUAGAGGAGUGAUAGGAUCCUAGCUGGGAUUCUGGCAUCUGCCCCCAACCCCAGCCCUUCCUCCCUCCGUCCUCGCGUCAGACUCGGGAGCAAGGGGGAGCAUUGCUGGCUCUUGCCCAGAGCGAGGGAUUCAAGAGGCAGCUAGAGUCUUGCUGAGUUCCUGCCUUAUGACCCCAGGGGCUAGGCAGCCUGGAGAGGACACGUGCUGUCCAGACAUAGUCACCUGGCCUGGCUUCAUUUGAAAAUCCCCUGCCCCUGGAUUCUCCAGACUCUUCGUUGGGCAUCUGGGACUGAGCACGAGGCGGGAGACAGAUGAGAAAACUUUGCGCCGUCGUAGGGAAGUGCAGCCAGGCAGCUGACUGGAGCCUUUAUGAGCAGUCCUCCGGGGAACAGCUGAGAAGGUCUCCCUUUGGGGCUGAAAACCUGCGGUUAGGAGCAAAAUCCCAGCCCUCGCUGUUUUUUCCCGGAAGCUGAGAGCCAGCCUCAGAGCGGACGGGGGGGAGGCUCAGUGCCUCCACCAGGAGGAGGCCGGGUUCCUGGUGGUAGAAAGCCCGCUGGCUCCUCUGGCCAUGCCCAUGGCACCUCAGUGCUGCCACUGAGGUCAGCUGACACCCAGCCAGGGAAGCCAUCCCCGUCUGCACUCUGCAGGCUUCCACGGCCUGCCCGUAGCUGGUGGGCAUCCAGGCUGUCGUGUCAGCUCUCCCAGUGGCUGGACGUCAAGGCCCCAGGCAGCUGGACUGCCAGGGACAGUUAGGAGAGGUCCACACCCAGCACAGCAGUUUCCCGAAGCAGCCGGUGGGAGGUUUGACCCAGAGAAGCCAGGAGCCUUGAACUCCAGGGGUGGCCUGUGCAGAGGACACCACGAGAAGGAGGACUAUGCGGUCAGCUGGAGCAAGUCUUCCUUCUGCCCGUGGCCUGUGCUUGAGCCACAGCGAGUGUGCAUGUGUGUGUGUGGGUGUGUGUGGGCGUGCACACCCAUGCGGGGUGUGUGCGUAGCUGAGAGGCCAAUUCCUCUUUGGAUUUUUGUCCUCGUACACAUGACAUUAAGCUGGCCUCUGGGCCUUCUCCUCUCUACCUCCCCUGCGACCUUUCCUAACCUCAUAGCUGUUCAUUCCCGUGGCCCCAGCCCUUCACCGUCCUCUGUCCUGGGACCAGAACCCCGCGGUCAGGCCCUGUCCCCUACAUCUGUCCAGCACAUUGACAGGCUUCUUCCUGAGAUGUCCCCAGGCUUUCUCAGCCAGAGAGCUGCCUUUAGAGUCCAACCUUUGUAUGUGUGUCACCCUCACUAGAAAUGUCGCAUCAUCGUGUGGGGGAACGGGGCCCAGGUGGUGGUUUGUUUCUGCAGCAUUGGGUUGGGGGCUUCCCUGUUCCCUUAGCCCCAGCCAGGAGGAAAGAGACCCGGGAGCUGUUGCCAGAAGGGGAGUAGGGCGGGUCUGAGAAACGGAGAGCACCGGGGGCUUGGGCCAGAGUCACUGUUUAUUCAGCAGCACCUGCACUUGUCGGGAUGAUUCCUUUUUGUGCCUGUUUGACGAUGGUUCUCUUCCCUAAGGUCCACAUUGGCAGGACCCCCUCCCCCCCACUUCUCCACCAUCCCUGGCACGCUGGCCCAUUCCCAGUGGACCGGAGUGGGCCACUCCCCCAGCCGGGAGGGGCGGGAUAAGGAGAGGGUGCCCCCAGUGGCCCGGAGCUCCGUGACAGUGUCAGGCCUCCCCUCUCCUGGCCAAGGCGUCCCCGGGGGCUGCCGCAGCACAUGCCCCAAAUCCUAACCCAAGGGCUGGCAUGGGCAGGAGGUGGUUGCAGGCCAAAUGCACUUUAUACAGAGAUUUUUCUGUUUCUGGGAAGGUGUGUUUCUCCCACAGUUUGUGAAUAUUCACAUGUUUCAUAAAUGUCUGAUUUGUCUGAGCAAAA